AUGGCAAAGCAAAAAGGCAGCCAAACUCCUGGUGGUGAGGGGCAGAAUGCGACCCUGGACAACGCUUCGCAAACGCAUCCACAAACCUCGAAUACUAUGGAUACAAACGGAGGCAGUCAAAAGAAGAAACCAAAGAUGCCCAAGGAUGAUUCUUCUUCCUCAUCUUCUUCUUUCCAGACUCUUAAUAUUUGCCGGAAUAAGCAUUGGCGAUACAUAUCCGCUUUCCACGGUCCAUGGCUCCAGAUGCCUAUCGAGCUCCUCGAAACUAUUGCCAACAUCAACUACAAUACCCCGCGGCCGUGUCCUAUUGACCCUGCCGUCCUCUAUGACCUACUGAAAAUUCGCCGUCUCGUCGACGAAGCCACCAAUCUCGCCGUGAGAGCUGCUAGUGACAUUGCCUCACCCGUGUUGACUAACGUCCAUGGUGGGCUACCCGGCGCAUCUCCUAUGUCUGUGUUGGGAAUGACGGGGCCAGGACACGGGACAAGAUUGAGCCGCGAGCGCAAGUUUCGGAUGAGGGAGCAGGCAAGCCAGAAGCUUAGCCGUGCAUACCAUCUGGAUGAGAUUGCUUGCAGCGUUGCAACAAUGCAGGGUGCAUCACCGAUUGACGAAAUUGGGGCGAUGGUGCUGUUGCGUAACCCACAGGAUCCAGAUGCCAAAUAUGUACAUUUCUUUCAUGAGAAAAUACCCUCGCGUCAGUUGGCAGAGUCAACUAGUCUUCAGCCUUUGACAGACAUCAUAUCCGAGAGGCCCAACGAGGGCGAAGCUCUCCGAACGCGUGCAAUCGUCAAAACUUUCAAGGAGGAUUAUGAAGGUGCGGCUCAUGACUUGACGGCCGCUCUCGCAGUGUGUCGAAUACAUCAACAGCCACAUCGACUCAGUGGCGACGAACUAGAGUCCCAGUAUUCACAUCGGGGUAGACGAUGGCGCCAGGACAUCGUCCCAUCUGAGAAAGAGCAACCGAGUAGUUUGGAAUCUCAGCUGUUGUUCCUUCGUGGCGCGGCGUAUCUAUCAGUGGCAUGCCAGCAUAUCGGAGAUGGCAUCCCAACAAGUCAGAGCCAGAGUGGGCAUGCCGAUUCGCACAGGCCAGGCGAGGCCUUUGAUACAGAAGUCAGCGGCCGCAAGUCGCCAGAGAUUGACGAAAAGUCUCUCCGUGAACAGACCGAAGCGCGGAAGCUUGUCAAGAAGUACGCAAAAUUGGCGAUCCGAGAUCUCCUCGCCUUUAUGUCACAUUUUGACUACUCCCCCAAUUUACCGUCCUCCAUCGCAAAGGACUUUAAUGAUCGAGUCAAUUCCUCCGCAAAAGGCACCCGCAACCCUCGCCCUUCUGAGGCCACAUACUCUCUCGAGCCACAUACCACUUACGCCAUUUCGGAACUCUUCGCCGCCGUCCCCCCUUCAGACCUCCCUUCAUAUCCUAGCCAAGAGUUGACAACCUCCAAUGGCAAAACACCGCUUUUCGAUGUGCCCCAGACAUGCGAAUGGUCGACCUACCACCCCCUUAUGGCCGACGCCCUUCACUCCCUCCUCCUUUGCCACUGCCUCGCCCAAACUUCGACCAAGGAGCUUGAACGCCAUACCUACAUGGCGGCAAGGCUGAUCCGUAUCGCCGAUGGCUAUCCGGUCUUCCAACCUAGUCGUUCUGCUGCUCGGUCUGACUGGGUCGAAAUUCUCCGUCGUGCCGACGAUAACUGGCUACAGCUCAGCGCCUCUUGGGAGACCUUAUGCAUACCUGCGCCCCUCCCGUUCUUAUACGAUACCCUGCCCCAGAAUGUCUCAAAGAUGCACAUCGGUACUACUCGCAAGGAAGCUGCCGCCGCCGCCGCAUCUCUGAUCAAUGGUGGAUCUGACAACGCUAGACCAGCCGAACCAAGUCCGGCAGACAAGGAGCGUCAGCUCAAACGGGAACACAACCAGCGAGUCUACGAAGCCCUUAAUGAUGAACGAGUCUGUGACGAUGCUACGUUCCGUGCAUCCCUGAUGGCUAGAGAGAAGCGCGAUGAGAGAGAACGUGCAGCAACUGCCGCUGCUGCUGCCAACGGCUCUUCAUCCAAUGCAACAUCUACUAAUAAUUCAGGUCUCAAGGGAUGGUCUGACGAAGAUAGCAACGACUACCCCCUUUACAGUGUGAGGGCUAGCCUUAUUGGACAGUGGGUGCAGAAAGUACCCCGUGUCACUGGCACCACGCGGCGCAAGAAGCGUACCAAGAAGCCUGUCAGCAGGGCAAGUGAAGCUGGUCCUCCAGAGAAGAGGAACCUUGAAGAUGACAAAGAAUCUAUGCUGCUGUAA